AGGUGCUGCACGGCCUCCACUUCAGACCAGGUAGCACUCAGGAUUGGCCACUCUGCAACAGCUAGGAACAGAAGUGUGAGCCCAACUUGUUUCAGAGCUUCCUUACCAUGACCUCCAAGAAGCUGGUAAACUCAGUGGAAGAGUGUGCUAAUGAUGCCCUUGCUGGGAUAGUGGCCAGCAACCCUAACCUGCAGCUCCUACAGGGGCACCGUGUGGCCCUACGUUCUGACCUGGACAGCCUCAAAGGCCGGGUUGCACUUCUUUCGGGUGGAGGUUCGGGCCAUGAGCCUGCCCAUGCUGGUUUUAUCGGGAAGGGAAUGCUGACAGGGGUCAUUGCAGGAUCCGUGUUCGCUUCUCCAGCUGUGGGCAGCAUCCUGGCAGCCAUUAGAGCUGUGGCCCAAGCAGGCACAGCGGGCACCCUCCUCAUCGUGAAGAACUACACUGGGGAUCGACUCAACUUUGGAUUUGCCAUGGAGCAGGCCAAGGCUGAGGGCAUCUCUGUGGAGAUGGUGGUAAUUGGGGAUGACAGUGCCUUCACUGUCCUGAAGAAGGCAGGCCGGCGUGGCCUGUGCGGCACAGUGCUUAUCCACAAGGUGGCAGGUGCUCUGGCUGAGGAAGGUAUGGGGCUGGAGGAGAUCGCAAAGCGGGUGAACGUGGUCGCCAAGGCCAUGGGUACCCUUGGGGUGAGCUUGUCCUCCUGUAGUGUCCCUGGCUCCAAACCCACCUUUGAGCUCGCAGCUGAUGAAGUGGAACUAGGCCUGGGGAUCCACGGGGAAGCUGGUGUUAACCGGAUAAAGAUGGCACCUGCUGAUCAGAUUGUGACUCUCAUGCUUGACCACAUGACAAACACCUCCAAUGUAUCCCAUGUGUCUGUACAGUCAGGCUCUUCAGUGGUGCUGAUAGUCAACAAUCUGGGUGGCCUGUCUUUCCUGGAACUGAGCAUCAUAGCUGAUGCUGCCAUACGUUUGUUGGAGGGCCGUGGGGUGAAGGUCGCCCGUGCCCUAGUGGGUACCUUCAUGUCUGCACUGGAGAUGUCUGGUGUUUCCCUUACGCUGAUGCUUGUGGAUGAACCCCUGCUGAAGCUGAUAGAUGCUGAAACUACUGCAACAGCCUGGCCUCACAUGGCCAAGGUCUCUGUAACUGGGCGUAAGCGGAUCCGAGCAGCUCCCACAGAGCCUCCAGAGGUCACCGAGGCCACUGCAGCAGAAGGUGUGGUGUCAAAGCAGAUGGUGCUCGUGCUGGAGCGAGUAUGCACCACCCUGCUCAGACUGGAGGAGCACCUGAAUGCCUUGGACAGGGCUGCUGGUGACGGGGAUUGUGGCAUUACCCAUAGCCAUGCUGCCAAAGCCAUCCAGGGCUGGCUAAAGGAGGGCCCAGUUCUAACCAGCCCUGCCCAGGUACUCUCCAAACUAUCUGUCCUGCUUCUGGAGAGGAUGGGAGGCUCAUCUGGGGCGCUCUAUGGCCUGUUCCUGACUGCAGCUGCUCAGCCUCUCAAAGCCAAGACUGAUCUCCCAACCUGGUCUGCUGCUAUGGAUGCCGGCCUGGCAGCCAUGCAGAAGUAUGGAAAGGCUGCACCAGGAGACAGGACAAUGCUGGAUUCUCUGUGGGCAGCAGGACAGGAGCUCCAAGCCUGGAAGAACCCAGGAGCCAGUUUCCUCCCAGUCCUGACUAAAGCAGUCAAGAGUGCUGAAGCUGCAGCCGAGGCCACCAAGAACAUGGAAGCUGGUGCUGGAAGAGCUAGUUACAUCAGUUCUGCACGAUUAGAUCAGCCAGACCCUGGAGCAGUGGCAGCUGCUGCCAUCUUACGUGCCAUCCUGGAGGUCUUGCAGUCACAGGGAGCGUGACUGCCUUUUUGGUUGUCCCCUCCCCUCCUUGUUCGUUCUCUUGCCUUCAUGUGGUCACCUUACCUCUCACUCACUCUCGCUCCCAUCCGCUUCGUGAAGCAGGACAUCCUCCACCACACCAGAACAGCAGUGUAUGGCUGAGUAGAUCACGUGCUCCACCAGCACCGCUCUUUCCCUCCUCAGGAAGAGGGAUCCCUUGGGUCAUGUUCACCCCACUCUGAAUGUCAGUGAUAAGGCUUUUCCAAAGCACAGCACAGACCCUACCUGGGUGCACCCAUUUGGUUUCAAGACUCCAGGCCUUUUCCUCUAGAAGUGGAUGAAGGAAAGCUAAUAAAACCCAUUGAAGCCACAA